UAAAACCUUUCAAAACCUCUCUUAUAAAUCACAUGGCAGAAUUCACUGCAGAUUUGCAAAGCUUUAGACCCUCCUUUCCUUUCUUGGAUAUCGAUAACAUGGAAAUUCAAAACUUGGUGCCCUUUGACAGCUUAUUGGGCUCUACAGAACCUGAAUUUCCAGGAAACUUGGAAGACAAUUUUCCGGGUCUUUUUCAAUGCGUGGAUCACAAUGCAGUUCCAGCGUUAAAUGAAGUUCAUGAAGGUAAAAAGAGAGAAGCAACUGAUAUGGGUGAUCCCAGUUCUGGUAACUCAACUCCUGAUAUUUCUGAGAGCGGAAGCAAGACAAAAAAUAUUUGUGGAAGAGGCAAGAGAGUGAAAAGGAAUGCGGUAGAAGACAAGAAACCAAACCAAGUAGUUCAUGUCAGAGCCAAAAGAGGUCAAGCUACAGAUAGUCACAGUUUAGCAGAGAGGGUUAGAAGAGGAAAAAUCAAUGAAAAACUUAGGUGCUUGCAGAACAUUGUCCCAGGAUGUUACAAGACCAUGGGUAUGGCAAUAAUGUUGGACGAGAUCAUAAACUACGUGCAGUCCUUGCAGCAUCAAGUGGAGUUCCUGUCAAUGAAGCUGAGUGCAGCAAGUAGCUAUUACGACUUCAAUUCAGAGUCAGAUGCUUUAGAAACAAUGCAGAGAAGAAAGGCAUCCGAGGCGAAAGAGAUAGAGAAGUAUGUGAGAGAAGGAAGUGAAGGAGUUUCUUGCUUUGAAGCAACAUGGCCAUGGUACCUGUAACUUGGGUUUUGGAAGUUUUAACUCAAAAACCACACAUCACAUAUAUCAAUUCAAGAACAUGCUUCUUCUUCUUACUUAGUUUCUACAGUUUUAAAGGAUCAGUUUGUAUAAGCACAAGUAGACAUUAAUUAUUCUCGUUUGUACAAUCCCAUCAAACACAUGAAAAAAUGAAAUGCGAGUUUUAAAUAAA